UUUUUUUCAAAAUGCAGAUCCUUCUGUCUGAUGAAACUACCGACUGAUGCGUUAACAUGGAUACCAAAGAUGAAAGCCAUCGGGAGCCAAUACAGACAGAAUAUGACCAAACUCAGUUUGGGGAGAGACCAACAAAUGAUGAUUCAGUUGCAAAACUAGAAGAAACAGCAGAGAAGGGCGAGGCUGCCGAAAUCGACCACCAGAAAACGUUGCCAGCAGAGACCGUUGCAAACAAUACUGCUCCUACGUCCCCCGAAAUCAGUCCCGAUGUCAGACUCAACGUCUUGCCGGAACUGUGCGAGUUUGCCUCCUUGGAUUUCCUCCUGCAGCAGCUGCCGCGCAAAGCGCAGAGGGCCUCGCGGGCCCUGCCGGCCAUCACGGUCGAGUUCACCUGCUUGGACGUCAACAAGGACCUGAUUGUCUUGGGUGCCAACUUCUCCAUGGUCUUUGUGUACGAUCGCCAGGAGAACACGAUUGUCAAGUUGAGAUGUGAGGACCGAAGUUGCCGCAUAACCUGCGUCAAAUUGCUGACGAGCAUUGACCAUCAGAUUGCCGUGGGCACCUCCAAUGGACAAGUAGAGGUGUACCUUCUGCCUGCAAAACGACCCAAUCAAACCAUCAAAGAGCUGAAGAAGUUUCUCGUCGACGGUGGCCACAAAAGCAACGUGACGUGUGCCGAAUGGAGCGCCAAUGGAAUGAAGCUGUUUACCGGUGACUCGGUUGGGAAUAUUGUGUACUGUGAUGUGGAUUUUUACGAGAAUAAUUGCCACUCUGAGCUCAUACUCGCAGAAGAUAUGCCGAUCGUGCAGCUAAACUACGCUCACAAGAUCCUGAUAGUAUCAACAUUCAGCAGAACAGUGCUGUGCUAUACUGAUGAGAACUACAGGCUACAGCAAGUCGGUCAACAGCCAAGAAAAACCAAAGGGUACUUUGGUGCCCACUUUGUCCCUGGCCUGUGCAAGGCGAGCGGCGCGACUCUCUGCGCCACCCGGCCGGGAUUACGCAUGUGGCAUGCCACCGCAGACGGCACGGUUCAAGAAACGCUCAAGUUUAAACACCUCCUGUCUAGCCAGCACCAGACGAUCAUGCUUAAGAUGUCCACGCGACCCGCGGUCUGCAACACCGCGGACCUCCAAUUUGGCCCCGUGUUGUUCUUCAAAGAGACCCUGGUACUGACGUGGUCACACAAUUUGCUGGCCGUGCUCGACAUCCACGGUCCUAGCGGAGCCAGGGUCAUCGCAAGCAGCCAGGGGGACCUUGGGAGUAUCGUUUCCGUGGCAACCUUCGGAGAUGAGAUUUACGUUCUCAGACGGGGAACCGAUAGACAACUGAUUCGGAUUGCAACAACGCCGGAGUUCACACAACCAAAAGAACUUCCAGUGAUGUCGGAUGCCGAGCGCUUGUUGAAGUUGCCAGAAUCAGCAGCUGGCUCCGGCCAGACGUCGGGUACCGACAGCCCCGGCACCCAGAGAAAAACCAGCUUCAGGCAAGGCCUGUCAGCCAUGAAGAGCCUCUUCAGCAAAGCCAAGGAGGAACUGGCGGACACCACGGCUAAGUUGGUGCCCAAGUUUGGGAAACACGAUUCCGAGGAGGGCCAGAGCGAUGGAUCCUCGCGACGAAGCAGCCAAGACAACAUUCCUAUCUUUUCCGGGGAGACUCCGGACGCAACUCUUUCGCCGGAGCUCCUGGCUGCAAGGUUUGCGGCAAGAACAGAGGCCAAUCAAUCAAAGACCAGAGAGCAAUCAUCCCCCGAAAUUCCUCAGAUACAGACGGAACCUUGCCAGGAAGUCACCGAGACACUUCAAGAUCAAGCGGCAUCGGCCCAGGCCACCGACCAGGCCGCCAACCAGGCUACCGAACAGGCUCCAGAACAGACGACGGGCGGAGAGGAACCACCCGUGAUGACUCUCAAUGAAAAGAAACUCUUGGAGAUUGGACAGAAGAGCUUUGACGACGUCCUCUUUCAACCGACCAAACAUUCCAAAAAGAAGAAGAAGAAAGCUCAGAAAGGAUCAAAGAAAGAUCGAUCGGCAACACCGUCCCCAAUCCCAGAUGGCUUUAACAGUCCCUCUCACAACGGAGGCAAGUCAGAAUCUGACCGGAGGUGGACAGGCAGUACCGAGAGCGAUAACCAGAGACUGAGGUCUGAUAGACUUGAAAAUGGAAAGCUUCGCGGCAGGUCCAAGAGUGACCCGAGUGAAAUCGUGAAGGCUCACGCAGACAGCGUGAAAAGCACAGGAUCGGAGGACCUUAUGAACGGCGUGUCUAACAACAGCAGGCAUGGCAGCAGUACUGCGAACAGUGGCAGGGAAAAAGAUGAUGCUGAUAUGGGUCAGACAGAAGCUGAACCUGUUAGAGUUGCGGGACACCCUGAAUAUUGUCAGUACCCCUCUGGGAAGGUCAUUCUAGGAGGCGUGGUUUCCAGCAGUGUGGAUGACGCAGCUCCGUGGGUCGGCACGCCGGUUGACAGUAGCAUGUCCGACCCCAGCCCGAGAGAUUUUCCAGGAACAUUGAGAUCUUGGGAAGACACCCCAGAUGCUGCAAAACGAGGAUUGCAAGAGGAUGGCCACUGGAUGAUGAAUACUAAUAGUAUACACUCGCUGAGGUCGGACACUGACAGCUUGAAAUUGGACCUUGAAAAAACGGUACCUUCUGACAGAUUGGACCAACCUAGGCAGUUCACGAAUAACAAAGCCUCACCCGCGGGAGGCAAUGUGGCAUCGCCUCAAUUUGGCACCCGCAUGUCAGAUUCCACCGAUGAGGAGUUUUACCCAAAAUACCUGGCUGAAACCCCGAGCAGCGAUGCCAGCAACCCUCCGGAAGUCUUUGUAGUCGACGCGAGCCAACCACGAGUUCACCAGGAGCCGGUGCAGCCGUAUGCGGAUCCAGCAGAUGACAAUGAUGAGGGUGCUUUGGAGGAAGCUCCAAUCCCCGAGAACAUCCAGCAAAGAUUCGCUGGCAGCUGGAUGCAGUGCAACACGCCGGGGUACAUCAUGCAGCUGGUGGUGUCUGACAAGCACGUCUGGUGCGUGGACAACCGCGACAAGGUCUACCAUUCCCUAGUGUCCAACGUCACCAUCAAGUGGAACAAGUUGAAGGACUCUGCAAUGCAGAUAGCCAGCUCCCCGAACGGAAACAUCGUCUGGCGUCUGCAUCGGAAAUCGGGCACGGCUUUCGCGUGUGCCCCUAUCAGCCCCCAGUCGCCGAUUGGAACUAAGUGGUACGAGGCUUCCAAAGGAACCAUCCAUAUCUGCUUGGAUGAAAAUAUGGCCUGGGUGGUCAAGGGAAAUGGUGACAUCUGCGUGCAUAAAGGCAUGAGCCGCGAUUUGCCACUCACGAGAGAGGAGCGCGUCAGCAGCAAUGCUUACGUGGUGCAGAUUGCCGCAAAUCGGGGUGUGGUGUGGGCCAUUGGGUCCAACAAGAAGGUCAUGUACAGAGGCGACAUCACGCGGACUGUUCCAGAAGGCAAAAAGUGGAUGGAUCUGGAUGAGGAAAGCUGCAAGCUUCGUUUUGUGAGCAUAGCACUUGACAGUCGCAACGUGGGUUGGGGUAUUGAUGAAGAGGGUCUAGUCUGGUUCCGGAGUGGCGUGACACCCAGCUCGCCAAGAGGGGACGACAAGAAAUGGUGGCAGGUGCCCAUGGGGGAGUACCUCAUGCAAGAUCCCAGUGCGCUGAAGAUGCUGCUCAACAUAGCCGGCACCAACGCCACGGUGGAUCGCAUGACGACGUGGCUGAAGAGACAGUACUACCGGGCCACUCACAUCGCGGCCAGCGCAGCCAGCGUGUGGGUCUGUGGGUCGUAUCACUACAAGAGCUCCUUGCACGUAUCCAAAGGAAAUCUGCUCGGUUCUGUGUGGGAGAGUGGCUGCCCAGUGGGUCUACCCAUUUCAGCAGCGUGGGUCAGUGUCAGCGCUACUGGAGUGUAUGGUCCUAGUGGAAUGAUCUGGGCGGCCCUCAAAUCUGGUGAGGUCUUCAGUUUCCCACCAGACACUCGCAAGCCCUUACAGGUGGACCCGCCGAGGGCUGGGGUCAUCUUCAAGCAUCUGAGCGCCACCUCUGACACCAUGUGGGCGCUACAGGAGGACGGCGACAUCUACGUCAGGAAGCAGAUCAGCGAGAGGUGUCCGCAGGGACUGAGCUGGAAGAAACUGGUCCUGGAUCAGCUAGGUCCCUGUAAAGUUGUACAUUUUUCCUGCGGCGCCGAUGUGGUGUGGGCGUGCGACAACGAGGGCAUGAUCCAUCUUCGUAUCGGGGUGGACAUCCCCUACGACGAAGCCCUACCACCAGCUUGGGUGCCCGUGGAUGGCAGAGCCUCGGGAUUCGGGGCCUGUUUUGAGCAGGUGUUCUGCAGUGUGGAUAACCGGCUGGUCUGGGCGCUGGACAACAAGAGAGCGGUGUACGUCAGGAAAGGUAUCUGCGAGGAGCUGCCUGUGGGUCUGGAGUGGGAGGUCGUGGAAGGGACACAAGCUACCCAUCUGUGCAUCAGCUGCAGUACAGUCUGGGCACUGUGCCCCAACGGCGACAUAGCCUGCCGCUUUGGCAUCACCGAGAAAAACUGCAUGGGGGACUACUGGAAGAAGGUUCCUGGAAGCUAUAAAUAUCUCUCAGUGACCCAGAGCGAUGACCUGUGGGCCAUCAGUCACGACCUCAAACUGUUUCAACGGUUCACCAAGAUGUUCCAACGCCAGGGGGUGCCGCAGGUGGAGCAGCCGGGCUCACCAAUCAGCGAAGAUGACUGGGAGUUACUGUAACCCGGAAACCUGCCGAAAUAAACUGAAAUUAUUUAAAUCUGUAAUGUCGGGUGUCGUAAGCCUGUUUCAUAUUCAGUAAGUGGCUGCCGCCAUACAGCUUUUGUUAAAGCUAUAGUCCAUCAUUUGCAGCUAUCCAAAAAGUGACUGACGUAAUUAUU